AUGUCACGAUAUGGAAACUUUCAUAAAGGGUUCACUGGAUCUAAAUGUUACUCCAUUGGUAAUGAUUCAACUCAUCAUUACUGGAAAAGUGAAUCUUACUCCAAGACCUAUUUUAAAAAGAACACAUUUUUUUUAAAAUUUAGGUAUUAUGACACCAGCAGUGUUUUGAAAUACCUUUUCUUUCACUGGGUAGCUAAAUGGGCCUAUCUUCUUUCCAAACAAUAUGUAGAGCCAUAUAAGCUACAUCCACUUCCUGUUGGUGACCAGGUCCUACAUUGGUAUCCAAUUUUUUCAAAACAUAUUAGUGAUGGUAUGCUUAGAUUGGAAUCAUAUGAAACUAGGCAAUAUGGAUACCCAAGUACCAAACCAUCUAGGUCUGUUCUCCUUCGUGCAUUGUUAUUGACAUUUUGGAAACGAACAUUAUUUGGUUUACUUGGCAUUGUCGUUACUAAUGUUCUUAGUAUGAGCAUUGCAAUUUUGAUUAAACAUCUUUUGACAAUUUUGAACACUAAGUCGUUUACUCUCCUGAAAAUAUUUCUGUUUCUAUUCUCUAUAAUAGGUUUACAAAUUGUAGAUGGGUUAUUGACCGCAAAUUUCUUUUUUUAUCUAAAUAUACUAAGGCUUAUAUGGGAGUACUCAGUUGCCAUAAGUUUGUUCCAACAUGGCUUAUCUCAUAGGCGAAACUUCUUUAAUAACAUUAAUGGAUCAAACUUCUUGAACGUUUGUAACAGUAUCUUACAUAGUUGCUCUCCUGAUUCUGAUUGUUCAAAAAACCCAUUGUUUUGUCCUGCAAGAAGAUACCAAAACAAAGAUAUUACUCCUAACAUGUUCACUUUUGAAUCAUAUGAUUGUUAUUAUGUUUCUUUGUUUAUUGAAUCUGCAAUACCAAUUGUCAACUUCUUGUCCAACUUCAUUUAUGGAAUAAUAUUGAUUUCGACUCAGAUUAAGAUUAAUGUAUGGGUCUUGUUCUUGGUUGGAUCAUUUUUCACAUUCAUGUUGAUCGUUGUUGAGAUCAUAAAUACUUUUAUGUUUCACUUUGUUUGUCUUGUUAAGGAUUAUAGGAUUUCAGAAUGUAUUGAAAUUAUAUCUGAGUUACCUCUGAUCAACAAAUUACUUUAUGAUGAUAUUGCUAUUAACAUUAUUACUGAGACUAGAAAUAGUGAGCUACUAUUAAUUUUGGUUCGGAUGUUCUUAACAGCUUUCAAUAAGUCUUUGUGUGUUAUAUGCAACAAUUUGUCGUUCUUUGUCUUGAUGAGUUAUUUUGUAAAAUCAGUUAGGGAUGCAGAGGUUAUUACUGAAAUUGAUACGGCUGGCUUCUUGUCAUCAUUUUACAUAUAUUUCAGGAUUAUCAACUCAAUGUUCAUGUUACCCUCUGCAUUUGCGAAAUUAGCUUGCUCUUACGUUUCAUACAAUAGAGUUAAUCAGUAUCUUACCGAAUGUUCUCCUAACUUUUACAUUAGUGACAACAAAUUCACAGGCUCUACAAAUAUGUCCUCCGAAGUUCCAGAUGUAACUAAUGACAUUGACAAGGAUGUAGUAGUUUUAUAUAAGGAUGCCUCUUUCUCAUGGGUCAAUAACAGAAAGGAUUUUGUCAAUAUGAAUAAUGAGGUUUAUUUGAAGAAAGUAAAAUUCCAGCUUAAGAGUGGUGAGAUUGCAAUAAUUACAGGUUCUCAAGGUUGUGGUAAAUCUAACUUCAUCAAAUCUGUUCUAGGUGAAAUGACACUGGUCAGUGGUUGUAUGGCUGUAGUUCCUCUCCAUACAUCAAUGCCUAUAUUUUAUGCCUCUGAAUAUAUAUGGCUCAAAGAAGGAACCAUUAGAUCAAACAUAACAUUUGGACAUAGGUUUGAUGAGGAUAUUUAUAACGAUGUUCUAAAAGCCAUUGAACUGGAAUCUGAUAUAUCAUCUUGGGAGAAGGGUGACUUUAGAGUUAUUUCAGAUAAUGCUCAUUCACUCAGUUGUGGUCAGAGAGUUAGGAUGGAGAUGGCUAGAGCCAUUUAUGCUUAUCUUAUAUUUAGUAAAGUUAACAAGGAUUAUAAUUGCCAAUGUUCAUUCCUGAUGUGCCUUGAUUCACAAUUCCAUGGGUUGGACCCUUACGUAUCUAGAAAAGUUUUCCAUAACCUAUUCAAUGCUCAGACUGGACUGCUUGUUAAGGAUGAUUUAGCUGUUAUCCUUUCAUCAUCACUAACAUUGCUUAAUAAGUGUAUUAGAACUUCCGACCUUGUCAACUUCCCUAAUAUCCCCAUAUACGAAAUUGAGAAUAAAUCCCUUUAUUUCCAUUGUUAUUUGUCAGAUGUUUUUAGCAGCAAAAAAACACUGAACGGUUUUGAAUAUAUCACAUCACCAUCAGGUCCAUAUAAGCUUAACUUCUUCACUAAUGACAUGCUAAAACUAUGUUAUUCAACUUCCAUUGAUAGGUAUGGAAGACGUUUUGUUACUAAGUCUAAGUAUAAGAAGUCAUUUAACCAAAUUGUUAAAACUGAUCACUCCGAAGAUAAAUUUAAUCCAUACCUAGUGUAUUUCAAAGCAGCUGGUUUUACCUUUAUUUUGUUCAUAAUAUUUUCGCUUGCAUCAAGUAUUAUGGAUAACUCCAAAUUCAUCCUCGCAACCAAUCUUACGGAUUAUAUAUCCAAUAAAAAUAAAGACUUCAAUGAUGGUCUCUCUAUUGACUUUUCAGAAGUUAAAUCACACAGUAACUCUGCACUGAAUACAAUACUUAUCAUUGUUAACAUUAUUAUUGUUGGUUCCUUAUUGUCAACCCUGUUAUUUACUUUAUCGAGUUUGAUGGCCGCGAAAAGAAUUCACGAAUAUUGUCUCAACUCAGUGUUUAAGAAUAGUUCAUCAGUAAUCAAAAUCAAGAAACAAAUUAACCAAAUCAUAACUUAUUUUUCAUCAGAUAUUAUUUUUAUUGAUCAAUAUAUUGGAGAUAGUAUUUAUAUUGCAUUUCUAUCAUUCAUUCAGACUAUCAUUUCUAUUGGAACACUAUUCUACACAAUUCCCUUAUCAAUUCCAUUUAUUUUUAUAUCAUUGGUAUUGGCCUUUGAAUUUGCGGCAUUGAAGAUUAUUAAGUCAUUUAAGAACAUUCAACUGGGAUCACUAGAAACCAUGUCACAUGUCAAUUCAUCAUGUGAGGAUGCUAUGCUGGGAUCGCAAAUUUACAGAAGUUUUAAAAAGGAAUGGGAAUUGGUUAAUGAUGUUAUCGAAAGAAAUGAUUACAAAUCUCGAUGUUGGUAUUUGGUUAAGGGAGUGAAUUCUUGGAUUAUCAUAUCCUUUAAUUGGUUAUUCUCUCUUACAACAGCUCUAUUCCUUACAGCUCUGAUCAUAUUUGAUAAAUUUACAACCUACAAAAUGAAUGUUGGUUACUUUGGGUUAGGUCUAUCACUGAGUAGCAGUGCCAUUAAAUCAUUCAACAAUUGCUCAUUCUCCUUCGCCAGGUUACAAGUUUUUAUGUGUUCUGCUAGAAGAUUCCAGUGUUUUAUUCCACCUGGCACCAAGUGUAUAUUUGAUAAGUUCCGUAAUGUUCAUGAAGAGGACAUAGUUAUCAAUUCUAGCAAACCAAAUUUGAAGAUGAAUAAGAAGUCGUUACUUAAGAGAAGGGUACUUGAAUUCAAAGAGACAAAACCCAAUUUAAUAAAGAGGAUGAUGUUUAGACCAAAAAUUAACUUCACUGAUAUUUGCAAAUAUCUUCCAUCUGAACAUAGUGGUGUAGUAUUCAAGCAUCUUUGUGUGUAUACAUCAUCUCAGAUGAAUGAGGAAGGUCUUAUCCUGAAUGACAUAAAUGCAUCACCAUCUAGGUCUGAUAUUAUUGGUAUCAUUGGCAGAACUGGAGCUGGUAAGACAACUCUAUUAUCAGUUCUACAAAAUACCAUAAGAUAUAGAUCUGGUCAAGUAUUGCUGGAUGGCAGAGAUUUGCAAGAUAUUCCCAAAAGUGUCAUUAGGCACAUUAUUGGUGUUCUUCCUCAACUUCCAUUUGUUUUCAAGGGUUGGACCAUCAGAAGGUUCUUGGAUCCAAGGAGGCUAUUUAGUGAUGAUGAGAUUAAUGACGCCCUGGAUAACUGUGAUCUCCUUGAGUUUGUCAAUAACCUUCACGGUGGAAGAAAAUUAGAUACUAUAAUUAUGCCUAAACCCUUAAAAUUAAAGAAUACAAAAGACCAAUCUUUAAGAGAAUCCUUUAACAAGGGUAAGGAGCCUUUCUCUGAAGAAAGUUCAGUGACGUUAGAUGACCUUAGCUCAGUAGGUACAAUGUUAUCUGUAACUCAGCUCAGAACCCUUUGGUUUGCCAAGCUAGUAUUAUACAGACAUCAGUAUAGGAUGUUAAUCAUUGAUGAACCUCCAUCUGAUAAUUGUUCAGAACAUGGAUUUCAGGUUCAAGAUAUUGGCAUACCCAUCUACCAAUUAUUGGACAAAUAUUUCAAACAUUGUACAUGUUUUGUUACAGCACAUUAUGCCAAAGUCCUUAAAUCUUGUACAUCAGUUUGGGUAAUGCAUAAUGGUAAACUUAUAAAGACAUGUAAGGCCUCAGAAGUAUCCAAAAAUGAAUCGAUAUCAAACAUCAUAGAGGAGAUGGUCAACAAAUAUUCAAACUAA